AUGUUUUUCAACUCACAUUCACUGGACGUAUCCCACACCUUUUGUAAUGAAAUCAAAGAAAAGAUCGACCAAUUAGUUUACGUCAAGAUUUUAACUGGCUGUCGGUCUGAAAAGGUCGCUCAAGUUGGAAGCCUGAGUAUAUUUGAAAUAUUACUGAAUUUACAACUUCAACCGCAUCACUUCCUUCCGUCUGAUAUCGUGUACGAAACAAUCAGAGCUAUUACCGAUAGGAUUAACAGUGCUUCUGACCACUGUACUCGAGUUACCAAAGUCGUGUCUAACGAAUCGAACAAAGGUGAGUAA